AUGUCCUUCGACUUCUCUACUCCGCCUACCAGUUCUCAGCCAUGGGCGUUAUCACACUUCCAUUUAUCUGGUCCACUCGAUGAUUCCGAGCCAGGAAGUCCUUCGAGCGUGCUGCUGAGCCCUUCUGCCUACCUACGCACUCCUGGAUCCCCACCUUCAAGUUCACGUCAGCCACAAAUUGACCCAAAUCUAUUCGCAAAUGAAUUGUCCGCCCUCUUUGUGGACGCACUCGCCAACCAAUUUGGCCUUGGCGAUGCAGAACAGGACUUGCGGAAAAACCUACAUGGUUUUGCCAAGCUCGGUCAUGGACUGAGCAAAUCUGACCUUGCGACUAGAACUUAUCUCCUUGGCAGUAUAUUCUGCAUUCUCAAGGAACAGCGCAUAAUUGCUGCCUCUCACCAAUCAACACAACACCUUCUUGCAGAUUUGCAAAUCCGUCUCAAAACCACAUUUUCACUUAGUCCUGAGCAACGAAUGAACAUACGCAUUGUGGCAGGUGAUCUUAUCUUUGAUCCUAACAGGAUCACAUUCAUGACACUUCAUUUUGAUGCUGCGAAUCAUUUACAUAAAGAUCGUGAGGCCUUCAAACUCACAAACAUCUAUGGAAACCCAGCUAGGGAACAUUUCCUGAUGAUCUAUACUAAAUGUCAGUGUUCUAGCAUCUGUAAUUCAUUUUGCGAGUUGCUACGUGACAGUGUCAUUGGCGAUGACACAAGCACGCUAUCCGACUUUAUUUAUGACUGUUCAAAUCAUUUCCGUCGGGCAGGCGCGAACUCGGACCUUGGACAUCCAACCCGCGCCCGUUUGGCUAUCUUACGUCGUUUUGCAUAUGAAAACCCUUAUUUGCUUGACCAGGCAGAGGAUGAAGAUGAGAGUCUCACAUCACCGAGUGCAGAAGAUGCUGAAGACCCUUCUAUCGGAGAACCACUGAAGAAGAAGCGCAAGCGCGGCCAAGGCGGGCGCACCACCAAAGGUGAGGACUUCUGGUCCAAAGUUGAAAUGUGGUUUGAGGCGCGACAGAAGCAGUGGGGAGAUUCUUGGGGGACACCAGGCUGGACUGCAUAUAUCAACCAUACCAUCGAACUCGACACCCAUCGCUACCAGAGGCCGGUCGUCCAAAAUCCAUUCAUGAUUGACAUCAUUGUUCUGGAGGCUUACAGCAGUGCGUCUUCUACCACUGGCGCUGCUGCCUCGAAGCAGAAUGGCUUGGGAAGUAUGGAGGACAUUUUGAGGCUCAUUUGA